CUGACUGGGAAAUGUCAGCUGCUUGACUGUGGACGAGUUUUCCUUUCCCGGGAAUCCGAAGGCCUUCUGGUGACCGCCACCGCCGUCGCCUGUGCUCGUGGGUCUCAGACCCUGGACGGCUGUGGCGGACGUGGAGCUUCCCUGUCUUUUCCAGACGCUGUCUGGCGAGAUCGGACGUGAAGAGAUAUGGUUCAGAAGCACACAUGAAUAACUUUGGUUCAUCAGAGUGAACAUUCAAUAAUGAGUGGUGCAGCUUUGGGACUCGAGAUUGUUUUUGUCUUUUUUCUGGCAUUAUUCCUACUUCAUCGAUACGGAGACUUUAAGAAACAGCAUAGACUUGUAAUUGUUGGAACACUGCUUGCUUGGUAUCUCUGCUUUCUUAUCRUCUUCAUACUGCCUCUGGAUGUUAGUACGACAAUAUACAACCGGUGCAGGCAUGCCGCUGCAAAUUCCAGCCCUCCUGAAAAUAACAGUACAGCAGUUGUUACCCCAGUUCCAAGCCAACAUCCAUGUUUUAAGCCAUGGAGUUACAUUCCUGAUGGAAUCAUGCCAAUUUUCUGGAGGGUAGUAUAUUGGACAUCACAAUUUUUAACAUGGAUUCUCUUACCUUUCAUGCAGUCAUAUGCAAGAUCUGGAGGGUUUUCUAUCACUGGAAAAAUAAAAACUGCACUGAUUGAGAAUGCAAUCUAUUAUGGCACCUAUUUGCUGAUUUUUGGGGCAUUUUUAAUUUAUGUAGCUGUAAACCCACGUUUACAUUUAGAAUGGAACCAACUUCAGACAAUUGGAAUAGCUGCUGCCAAUACAUGGGGUCUAUUUCUUCUUGUGUUGUUGUUGGGGUAUGGCUUGGUGGAAAUUCCUCGGUCAUAUUGGAAUGGAGCUAAAAGGGGUUAUCUACUUAUGAAAACUUAUUUCAAAGCAGCCAAACUGAUGACAGAGAAAGCAGAUGCAGAAGAGAAUUUGGAAGAUGUUAUGGAGGAGGUUCGUAAAGUGAAUGAAAGCAUCAAGUAUAACCACCCAUUGAGAAAAUGUGUUGAUACAAUACUUAAAAAGUGUCCUACAGAGUAUCAGGAAAAAAUGGGUAGGAACAUGGAUGAUUAUGAAGAUUUUGAUGAAAAGCGUAAUACCUAUCCAAGUGAAAAGACUCUGGUAAAAUUACAUAAACAGGUGAUUUAUUCAGUUCAGAGGCACCGUCGAACUCAAGUACAAUGGCAGAUACUCUUGGAACAGGCAUUUUAUCUAGAAGAUGUAGCGAAAAAUGAAACUAGUGCAACUCAUCAGUUUGUUCACACCUUUCAAUCACCAGAGCCUGAAAAUCGAUUUAUCCAGUAUUUUUAUAAUCCUACAGUUGAAUGGUACUGGGAAUGUCUUUUGCGACCAUGGUUUUACAGGAUACUUGCUGUGGUUUUGUCUAUCUUCUCUGUGAUUGUUGUGUGGUCAGAGUGCACAUUCUUUAGCACAACUCCUGUCUUAUCCCUCUUUGCAGUCUUCAUACAGCUGGCAGAAAGAACUUACAAUUAUAUUUAUAUUGAGAUUGCUUGCUUUCUGUCUAUCUUCUUCCUAAGUAUCUGUGUUUAUUCUACUGUAUUUAGGAUUCGUGUAUUUAACUAUUAUUACUUGGCUUCACAUCACCAGACUGAUGCGUACAGUCUUCUUUUCAGUGGCAUGUUAUUUUGCCGCUUGACUCCUCCUUUAUGUCUUAAUUUCUUGGGUCUGACCCAUAUGGAUUCAUCCAUCUCUCACAAGAAUACUCAACCAACUGCUUAUACAUCUAUUAUGGGUUCCAUGAAAGUUUUAUCCUUUAUUGCAGAUGGAUUCUAUAUAUAUUAUCCUAUGUUAGUGGUAAUUCUCUGCAUUGCUACUUAUUUUAGUUUGGGAACCCGUUGUUUGAAUCUGCUUGGUUUCCAGCAGUUCAUGGGUGAUAAUGAUAUGACAUCAGAUUUAGUUGAUGAAGGAAAAGAAUUAAUCAGACGAGAAAAGAGAAAAAGGCAAAGGCAAGAAGAAGGUGAAAAUCGAAGAAGAGAAUGGAAAGAACGUUAUGGACAUAAUAGAGAAGAUUCCACUAGAAACAGAAAUGUUCAUCCUGACCCAAAAGAGUCAAAUUUCUCAGAUAUCAAUACCAAUUGGUCAUCCAAAUAUACCAGAGCUAAUAAUAAAACUGAAAGGGACCGAAUAGAACUUCUCCAAGAUGCAGAACCUUUGGAUUUUAAUGCAGAAACAUUCACUGAUGAUCCUCUUGAAUCUGAAUCAGGAAGGUAUCAACCUGGUGGACGAUAUCUCUCAAUGUCUUCCAGCAUAAUAUUUGAUGAUGUCUAAAGUCUGGAAAAAUUCAUGCAAUGACUAAUGAAGGUCAAAACAUAAGUUCAGUCUUUAUGAACAUCUCUGUGCCACAGAAUUUCCUCUGUACUCUCAGUGAAAUGUCAGAACAACAAAAAGGCACUGAGAAUUAAUUAYAUCUUAGUAAUAAUAGUUUAUUGUUCCCUGAGUUAGAGUAUCAUCUUUUCUAUUAGGAUUUAUUGCACCAUUCCCUAAGUGUCUGCCUUAGUAAUASGGUCACAAUAGAAGGAUUUAAUUCAUGAUAAAGAUCAGUAUAUGUUGAGAACAUGUAAUCCAGUUUGUUUCAGUUAUUUUUUUUUUCAGGAGAGUUAUAUUAAAGGUCCAAGAAAGCCAUAGGUCAUACUAAAUAAUAUUAUACACUUUUAUUAUUGUGAUUAUAUUUUUGCUGUUUCUAAAAAGUAUGUUCAACCUAUAUUUCCCAAAGAAAUAUAAAUGAGUGGAGACCUCAGAUAAUAACCAUAUUCUCAAAACUUAUGUCUUAAAAUAAGACUUGCUUAUCAGACAUAACUGAAUGUAAAAAAGCUCUUUUUCAAGGCUGUGUGUAAAUUAGUGGAGGUUUUUGCAUGUAAACUAAAAUUAUAAUUCAACUGAUAGCAUUAGUGUCUUUAGGAUGUAUACUCUAAUCAAGUAACACAGUAUUCUUUCAGUCCUUGUAGUAAAUGGAAUUUUUUAUGCUUUUGGUWUUCCUCUGUAAAACAAUUUCGUUUAAGAGAGAAAUUUUUACUUUUAGCAUUUAGUAUAUUGAUUUCAGUGUUGAUUAUUCCAUUGAAGGAGACAUUCUAAGCAUUAAUGGUGAAUAGUUUUAUUUUUUUUUAAUAACCAAAGAGUUCCAAAAAUUCUUUCAUGUUUAAAGUUGCCUGUUUACACUUUUUAAAAAGAAAAAUCUGGUUAUUCAAAGGUUAAGAAAUGAAUCCAUUUACUUUUAUUGCUAGCACUUAAAUUGUGGUUUAUAGAAAACAGAAAACUGAAUUAGAAUGAAAAUGUAAAAUAAUAACUUGUUGGUUAAACAUGCUUAUUAUUUUCAAUUGCUUGUUUUAAUCUUUUUGUUUAAGUCAAAGUUAGAUAUUUCUUUUAAAACAUCAUAGCUUUAUUGCAAAGUGAACAUGAUUAAAUGUAACAUGCUUGGCAGAGAAGUUUUUGUGGCACUGAAAUAUUUGUACAAUAUUUCAAAUCCCAUGCUAUAUUUGAUGACCAUACUUGAGCUUGCCCAGAUCAAGUUUCAGUUUAAUACCUAUUAUCCUUGUAAUUAUUACUUUCACUCUCAGCUGUGUCCAUUUGAAGAUGAAUUAUAUGGUCAUCCUAAUAAUGUGCUCUGUUUCUUGAAGCUAAUCUUUUCUUGAGUCAUAAAUUUAAAAUUUUCAUUUCUCUCUUUAAUGAGUGUUAUCAUGUAAUGUUUUAAAGACAGUUCUAUGCAGGUACUGAAAAAAAUAGUGCAUCAUCCUAAUUAUCUGAUUUUUUUUAAUCUUUGUGUUUUUAUAAUCUUUGAUAUUUGGUCCCUUUAAAAUAAUUAUCAGUGGAUAUAUUUACUAUUGAUUGAAGGUCAUAGAGACUGCUUAUUUGAGGAUACCUAUACCUAUACCUUUUUUUGGGGUGGAGGGGUUACCAGGAAUUGAACUCAGGGGUACUCAACCACUGAGCCACAUC